AUGUCUCUCGCUGAUUUUUGGAUAGCGCUGCUGGCUUGUUCAGCCGUGUGUCAUGCAGCACCUACCAUUGCUCCAACAGUUUCACCAGAGGAAGAAGACCUGGCUGAGGGAUACCUGUCUCAGUUCUACGCUGAUGUUGGGAUGAGAAACUCCUCAGUGCGAAGCAUCAACAAGAACGCCUUCAGCCAGGAUCUAGAAGCAAUGCAGGCUUUCUUUGGCCUGGAGGUGACUGGCGUUCUGAAUAACGAGACUGUUGAGGUGAUGAAGGCACCUAGAUGUGGCGUGUCAGACAUCAGCCGAUACGGACACUUCCCUGGGAAACCCAGAUGGGAGAAAAGGCUAAUCACAUACAGGAUCACUCGCUACACUCCAGAUCUGACCCAGAGUCAGGUGGACAGAACCAUUGCUCAGGCCUUCCAGCUCUACAGCGAUGUCAUCCCGCUGAACUUUAAACAGGUCUACAGCGGCACUGCAGACAUCAUGAUCCUCUUCAAGAACGGAUAUCAUGGGGACUUUUACCCUUUUGAUGGGGCGGGGGGAGUCUUGGCCCAUGCUAACUCUCCUGGACAGGGCCAGGGAGGGGACACACACUUUGAUGAUGAUGAAACCUGGACUCUUACCCAAAGAGGUGUGAAUCUGCUGCUGGUGGCGGCCCAUGAGUUUGGCCACGCUCUGGGCCUGGAUCACUCCAGGGACAGGCGGGCGCUCAUGUUCCCCACUUACCAAUAUGUCAACACAAACGGAUACAGGCUGCCAGAUGAUGACAAGCGUGGGGUCCAAGCACUUUACGGCAGCCGCACACCAGUGCCCACAACAGCACCAAAACCUAAACCACCUCCUGGACCAGAUCCUGGGCCAGAGCCAGAGGAACCAACAGAGGAUCCAAACCCAGACCCUCUGCCCAACCCCAGAGAUGAGCAGUGCAGCCGUGAGCUGGUGUUUGAUGCAGCGACCUCCAUCAGGGGAGACCUGUACUUCUUCAAAAACGGAUACUACUGGAGGAAGAGUUCAAGACUGCAAGGAAUCCGUUUAAUUAAAGUAAACACAAAAUGGCCACGAAUCCACUACGUCGAUGCUGCUUUUGAAGUCCCUUCCAAGGAUGUGGUGUAUCUUUUUGAAGGUCGUCAAUACUGGGGCAUCAGGGCUUCUGCAAAGACAAUGAUAUCAGGCUAUCCAAAGUCCAUCACCAACCUUGGACUCCCCUCAUCAGUCACUAAGGUGGAUGCAGCCGUCUACGUGCCAUCUACUGGAAAAACACUCAUUUUUGUCAAUAACCAGUAUUGGAGCUACGAUGUGGGCAGAAACAGAGUGGACUUUGGAUACCCACGGGCCAUCACUUGGGAUUUCCCUGGCAUAGGCUCCAGAGUAGAUGCAGCCUUUGAGAAUUAUGGAUAUAUGUAUUUCUCAUCUGGCCCCAGACAGAGUGAGUACUACCUGCCAUACAAGAGAGUGAUGCGUGUGCUGCUCAACUACGGCUGGCUCAACUGUUACUGA